AUGUCUUACGAAGACCCAAAAGCUAUUGCUCAGGAGACUGAGUCGCUCCGCAAGGUGGCAUUCUUCGGCAUCGCCGUGUCGACCAUCGCUACGCUGACAGCGAUCGUUGCUGUGCCAAUGCUCUACAACUACACACAGCACAUCCAGUCUUCCCUUCAAUCAGAAGUUGAGUUCUGCACCCACAGAUCCAACGGACUCUGGGAUGAGUACAAACGAUUCGAAGGAGUCAAUGGCGUUGCCGGAAGACUGAAGCGUGAGGCUUACCAUCGUAGAGUAGGAAUCAGCGGAGCCCACAAGAAGGCGCGCAGACAAUCUUAUGGAUCGGAUGACGCUGCUGUUGGAUCUUUCGGAGGAUCUGCUGGAGGAAGCUGCUGCUCAUGCGGAGUUGGAGCUGCUGGACCAGCUGGACCACCAGGACAAGACGGAGCUCCAGGAAACGAUGGACAGCCAGGAGCCCCAGGAAAUCCAGGACAAGACGCUGCCGAGGACCAAACUGCCACUGCCGACCAAUUCUGCUUCGACUGCCCAGCCGGACCACCAGGACCAGCCGGACCAGCUGGACCAAAGGGACCAAACGGAAACCCAGGAGCCCCAGGACAAGACGGAGGAGCCGCUCUUCCAGGACCACCAGGACCAGCCGGACCACCAGGACCACCAGGACAGGACGGACAGCCAGGAAACGAUGGACAGCCAGGAGCCCCAGGACAGGUCGUCGAUGUUCCAGGAACCCCAGGACCAGCGGGACCACCAGGACCACCAGGACCAGCUGGACCACCAGGACAGCCAGGAACUCCAGGAGAUGCCCAGCCAGGACAACCAGGACCACAGGGAGACGCCGGAGCUCCAGGAGCCCCAGGAGCACCAGGACAGCCGGGACAACCAGGAGAGGAUGGACAAUCCGGAAGCGAGGGGGCUUGCGACCACUGCCCACCACCAAGAACCGCUCCAGGAUAUUAA